AUGGCGAAUGGUUAUGCUCCAGCUGAGGCCUCGGAGGCGCCGAAGGUGCGGUUUUCAGAGCUGUGCCUAGCAGCAGAGGGAAAGAAGGCCAUGCAGGAGGCCUUUAAGUACGAGUUCUUGACGGAGAUCCAGCAGAAGACCUACGAAUCCAUCCGUGGCGGUGCAGAGGUUGUGGCCCGGGCAAAGACAGGUUCUGGCAAGACGCUCAGCUUCCUCCUCCCCUGCCUGGAUAGGCUGCACAGCCAGCCGGUCGUCCCAGGAGAACUGGCACUCCUGGUUCUUACACCGGUUCGGGAGCUGUCGAUGCAGGUCGCUGCUGAAGCAGAGAAGCUGACGAAGUACUACAGCAGCUGCAGUAUGGUUUGCAUGACCGGCGGCGUUCCCUGGGAGGAGGACCUGGAGUCGUUGACUGCAGCCAAAGGAACUGUGAUCCUGGUUGCCACCCCAGGCCGGCUACAAAGCCACGCGGCGAAGACGGAGGGCUUCGUGGAUCGCUUGAGCAAAGUUCAGAUCCUCGUUUUGGAUGAGGUGGAUCAGUUGGCCAGCGAUGUCUUCCGGCAAGCGACGCUGGACAUUGUGAAAACCCUUCCAGCAGCAAGCCAUCGCCAAAGCCUGUUCUACUCUGCCACCAUGGGCGAUGCUGUCACGAAUCUAGUCAGCCAGAUUGGCAAACCGGAUCACAUGUAUGUGGAUGUCAUUCACUCUGAUGAUGCCUUGGUGCCUGAGCAUAUCUGCCAGACCUAUGCUGUCUUGCCAACAGAACGUAUGACGGAAUGCCUUUGGGCAUCCCUCACGCUGGCGGCCGCAGAGGUGGACUCAAAAGUCGUGGUGAUCUUCAUGACGGGCCGUAUCGCUGCCUACUAUGCCGAGGCUUUUCGGAAGUCAGGCACUGACCUGCCGGUUUUCGAGAUUCAUGCGCGCAGAAAGCAGAAUCAGAGGACGGAGGAGUCUGAGCGCUUUCGCGGGGCAGCGAGCGGGGUGCUUUUCACCAGCGACGUUUCCGCCCGUGGUUUGGACUACCCAGGUGUCACGCAUGUGAUACAGAUGGGAGCAGCCCAUUCCAAAGAGGAGUAUGUGCAUCGCCUUGGCCGUACCGGCCGCGCGGGCCGCGAGGGCCAAGGGUUGCUCCUUCUCCACGACUUCGAGCAAGGCUUUCUGGCCGACGUGGCGGACCUGGGCCUCAUUGAGGCUCCAGUACCCACUACGAAGGAGGGGAGACGAUGCAGCACUCGCUUGCCUCUCACCAAGAUCUGCCAAAUCUGCACCCGUGAUGCCAGACUUUGUCAGCAUGCCCAUCGCCAAGAACGUCAAGGCUCAAGCCUACUACUCUCGGAUCAACCAUGUAAUGCGCAACUCGAGCCUCAGCAAGCUGGAAAUCAUGCGUGA